AUGAAGACCUUCAAUAGUAUGAUACCUAUGACUGCUACUUGUGUCCGCGAUGGAAUUUUGAGAACAGAGACUCCGGUUUGUGACUUAGUCAGAGGAGACAUAGUCCACGUUAGGGCAGGAGAUGUGAUACCGGCUGAUAUGCGCAUAAUAGACAGUAAAGGAUUCAAAGUGGAUAAUUCAUCAUUGACCGGCGAAUGUGUCGCAGUUUCACGCAGCAACACAGAGGGUACAGCGAAUAUACUCGAAUCGCAAAAUGUUGCUUUUUUCUCAGCGCUUUGUGUAGAAGGAUGGGCUGUUGGAGUGGUCAUAUGCUGUGGAGAUCUAACUGCUCUAGGGCGCAUCGCCGGUCUUGCUGCCAGACUACGGCCCGCACCGUCUCCUUUAUCAAGAGAAAUUAGAACAUUGAUGAGACUCAUGUCAGCGUGGGCGAUAGGCCUCGGUAUUUUCAUAGCCGGUGCCUCGUUGGCCCUGGGUUACCCUUUUAUGCAGAGCACAAUCUUUGUUAUUGGAAUUGUGGUGGCUAAUAUACCGGAAGGUCUACAACCAACAGUAACAGCGUCACUUACCCUAACAGCUAAACGUAUGAUAACCAAAAACUGUCUUGUCAAAAAUUUGGAAGCGAUGGAAGCACUAGGCGCUUGUACAACAAUAUGUUCCGAUAAAACUGGGACUCUUACUGAAAACAAAAUGCGCGUACGACAUCUUUGGAUAGAGCAUGAGAUUUACGAAGCCACAGAUAUAGGUUUAAAAACGAUUAUUGAAAUUUUGGUUAGCAUCCAUUUAAAUCAGCAAACAUUAAAGCACUUAUUAGUUAUAAAGGGAGCGCCCGAAGUUAUUUUAGCACGAAGCUCGACUAUCGCUCUAAGUAAUAGAGAUAUUAAUAUCGACAACGAAGUGAAGGAAUUUAUUAAUACAGCUAUAGAAACGAUGGCUAAUACUGGAGAAAGAAUUUUAGCAUUCGCCGAUCUAGAUUUGAAUGAAACUAAUUAUCCACAAGGGUUCGAGUUUGAUUCAGAGGAAAUAAACUUCCCUGUCGAAAACGUACGUUUCUUGGGAUUGCUGGGACUUAUCGAUCCUCCACGAGAAGAGGUGCGUUCAGCUAUCCAACGUGUCCGUGCGGCAGGAGUGCGUGUCAUGAUGGUAACCGGAGACCACCCCGCCACGGCUCGCGCUGUAGCAUCAGAAGUGGGAAUAGGAACAACGCCUAGCUGCCAUGUAGUAACUGGCACUGAGUUACGAAACAUGACACCAGAGUUACUAUUUUUAACCCUAGAAAAGAACUACGAAAUAGUGUUCGCUCGUACGUCACCAACUCAAAAGCUCCAAAUCGUUGAAGCGUGCCAAAGACAAGGUAGCGUGGUGGCGGUUACAGGAGACGGUGUCAACGAUGCCCCGGCGCUUCGGAGGGCCGAUAUUGGCAUAUCCAUGGGAAUAACAGGAUCUCAGGUGUCCAAGCAAACGGCCGACAUAAUAUUAAUGGACGACAACUUCGCAACAAUAGUCACAGGAAUUGAGGAAGGGCGCAAGAUAUUUGAUAAUCUGAAAAAAUCUGUGUGUUACAUCCUCAUAUCAAAUGUGCCCGAGAUUAUUCCGGUUCUGAUGUUUAUUCUAUUUUCCAUACCUUUACCUCUAGGAGUGAUGACAAUCUUAUGCGUGGAUCUUGGCACGGACAUGUGGCCAGCUGUAUCAUUAGCCCACGAGGAAGCAGAACAGGAUGUGAUGGGUCGGCCUCCGAGAAAAUCAGAUCCUCUCGUGUCCUGCCCCAUGAUAAGAUUGGUGUAUGGACAUCUAGGACUUAUUGAGUUCGCAGCUGGCAUGUUCGCAUAUUUCAUUGUAAUGGCUGAACAUGGUUUCUACCCGGAUCAAUUAUUCGGUAAUGUGAUAUGUUUUCCUGCACUGUGGACAAUGGCGUCUUCACCAAAUCUCUGA